CGACUUGAGAGAUGGCGCCAUUGUGUCAAACGCGACAGUUAACACCGCCAGCGAUGACGUUUCAUACACGUUGCGUCGAGAUUUCGCGUAAGUACUAAAGUGUUUAUUAUAUAUUGCAAGUGUUUAUUGCACGAAAUAUAUUUACAUAUAGACUGUGUCACGCGAGUCGGAAUCGAUCGUGCUAUAUCAUUUGUCUGUAAUUCGUGUAAUGACAGUUAAAAAGCGAGAGUCCGUGAGAACGCGAAGAUUCUUAAAAUUACGAGGUUAGGUACGUUGAAUGUAACAAGUGUUUUGUGUCUUUCCUUCUUCUGAAAAAGUGGUGCGUGAAAAUUAAUGGGGAGUCUUCUGGAUCGAUUCUUCCAUCGUCCAUAAAACAUCUGUGAGAUAUCGUCGGCAGGGAUUCGAAAAUGGCAGACUAUUGGAAGUCCCAAGGCCGCAAGUUCUGCGACUUCUGCAAGUGCUGGAUCGCCGAUAAUAAACCGAGUAUCGACUUCCACGAGGGCGGCAAGAAACAUAAGGAAAAUGUCAGCAAGCGGCUCAAAGAAAUUUACAAAAAUAGUGCCAAACAGGCGAAGCAGAACAAAAAAUUCGAGAAUGAUCUUAAAAAGAUGGAAAAUGCGGCAAUGGCUGCAUACAUGAAGGAUGUCGAGAAUAACACACGAGAUAUGACUGUUCAAAACAUUAUUAAAGAGAAAGUGAACAAGAUUGAAACGAGAGAAACGCCUCAGAAUUUUAAUCGCAUACCACUAGCUGCUCCGGAGACGAUACCGAGAUUCAGAAGUAACACUGAACAGUUUUCACCAAAAGUGGAUCCUUGUGAUCCGAUUUUGUCAAAAACCGCUCCGUCGUUUCCACGAGUCCAGGGCAGCGAGAACAGGACCCCGGGGAAGAGUAAAGCGAAUAAGACGAAGGGAAAGGGGAGAAAGGCCCAGGAGGACGAUCGUCCGACCGCACCUGUCAGAAAACUGUGGUACGAAGCUCUCAGUCCCGAAGGAUACACUUACUAUUGGCACAUCGAGACGAACGAAUCGAUUUGGGAGCCACCGGAGGAGGGUUAUAUGACUCUCGCGGAACAAGAAGAGGAGGCGAAAGAGGAAGCGCUCCAGAAGAAGCUUAUGGAACAAUUGGACAGAGAGGAAGCGAUCAAGAAAGCGGAUAUUCUCGAGGAACAACGGGCCAAUCUCGAGAGAGAGAAAAUGAGGGAACAUAUGACACAUCCUGCUAGAAAUGACGAUAUCAAAGAUGACAACGAAAAUACAGGAAUAAAGAAGGAGGCGGCCAAAGAGGAACGACCUUACUGGCGAGACUACAGUGUGCCCGAGAGACCACAACCUUAUGGAUCCUGGCAAGUUGUGGAGACAAACAAAAAAAAACCAGUAGAUCUCCAAUUGCCACAAAAACAAAAGCAGAUACAACUACCUAUAUUUGAGAAGACAGAACCACCGCCUCCGCAGAGGACGUUUAAGGAAAAAACUGUCACACAGAUUAAUAUCAAUGAUAGUGAUGACGAGGAUGCAUCAACCACUUUUAAGAAAAGAAAAAUUGGUAACAAGAAUGUGCGUAAAAGAACGACUGAUGAUUAGCAUCAAAAUUUUUUUCUGAAUAUAGUAUUCUUGUAUAUAUUUUUAUUUAAUUGUUAAAAAUUUGUUAAACAAACAUGGACAAUUUGUAUGAACAAAUAUGCAGCUCAUAAUAUUCAUGGGUUGGAAAUUUACAUAUAAAAAUAAUAGAUUCUUUAUUUAUAUAUACUUGACUGUGCACAGGUAUAUGUGGAUAUAAAAAAAAUAUUAUCUUAUUUCAGAUAGCAAACGUCAUUUGAUGCCAAAAUGUCAUUUGACGUCAAAAUAACAUUAUUUGACGUCCAAAUAACAUCAUUUGACAUCAAAAUUAGAUGUGCUUGCUAACUGGAAUAUAAUCUAUAUAUGUAUAUAUGUAUAUAUACAUUAAUAUAAUUUCAAUUAUAAAUAAAAAGUCUAAUUUUCCAUUUUAUAUAAAAAUUUUAUUUUCCUAUUUUAUUAACAUUAUUUUUAUUAAAAUUAAUUAAUUAAUAUUUUUAAUAUAAUAAUUGAUACAUUUGCAUGUCUGAGAGAUCUAAUUAAUAUAAUAAG